UACAGCUUGUGUCUCCUUCUAUCAUCAACAAUGGCGUCUAUAACUGCAACCUCGCAGUUCCAUUUCGAAUAUCCUCCGCAAAAGGUAGCAUGGACAAAACGGGAUGUGAUCCUGUUUGCUUACUCGAUCGGAUGCAAUUCCACCGAUCAGCUACAUUACCUUUAUGUUAGACGCUUCGCCCUUCCCUCCUUUGAGCUGUUCUUUUUAACAAAAUCAUGAAUUCCACGUUUAGGAGAAACAUCCAAACUUUCAAAUGUUCCCUACCUAUCCUAUAGUUCUGACAUUCAAAUACGAUAGCUCAGAAGUCGUCGACUUCCUUGCCCGCAACAACGAUAGCUCACGAUCCCCGUUUUCUUCGCCCAAAUUAGACUGGGCUCGCGCCGUGGAUGGCCGUCGACGUCUCCGUAUCUAUCGGCAGCUUCCAACCUCCAGUGCCGAUAAAAGGCUUUCUUCCUCUCCUUCGUGGGAGGUUCGUUCUAGGAUCCUGGGCGUAUACGAUAAGGGACCCGGGAAGGGCACCGUCAUGGAACUGGAACAUAGUAUUGUGGAUUCGGUAACGGGAGAGGUAUACACGCGCUCGUGGGAGACUGCUUUUUUCCUAAGAACUGGGGGUUGGGGUGGUGAAAGAGGUCCUCAGAUGGAACAUUUUCCGGUCCCUACUUCACGAGAACAUGUUAUGGAAUCAUUUCAAACUACAGGGGAGACCGCCCACCUUUACCGCUUGAAUGGUGACUACAAUCCCCUUCACGCCUCUCCCGACGUCGGCAAGGCGCUUGGGUAUGGAGAUAUCAUCAUCCAUGGACUCUUCAGUUGGAAUGUCGUCGCACAAGUUGUUCUGAGGCAUUAUGGGGAAAAGAGAAAGGAUGGAAAGAGCUAUCUCCUCAGUUUUGAGGCUAGAUUUGCAUCGCCGGUCAAGCCAGGAGAUAAACUCGACAUCUCCUUGUGGGAUAUGGGACUUUGGGGUAACGAGCAGCUUCUCGAGUGGAAUCAACAACAACAGAAAGAGAAGGUAAAGAUAGGAGGAAAGAUUCGAGAAAUAAGAUUUCUAGUCAAAGUCGGCGACAGGAUCGUCUUGUCUGAUGGGAGGGCGCUUCUGGAAGAGUUGGGAACAAAGCAGUCAUUACUAUGA